AGGUUAUCAAAUGGGUUUACUGACUUUUGUGCAUCAAAGUUUCUGGGGGAGAGUCUUCUACCACUUUUCGGGAGGGAAGCUCUUUUCAUACAAAGAAGAAGCACCCGACUAUAUAAUACCCGACAAAUAUCUAGAUACGAAGAAAUCACAGAUUGAGGAGUCAGAAGAGACAGUUGAGGAUUCGGGAAGCUCGGUGUCCAGUUCUAACUCUGCUAGCGAUUGUGACACAGAAACUCUACAAGUUGGCGAUAGAAUCCUAGUGACGUGGGACGGUGAGGAUGAUCCAGAUAAUCCUAAGAACUGGCCCUUAUGGCAAAAGAUUAUAUUUAUGUUUGAGAUCUCGUUCUUGACAGUUUCGGUGUACAUGGCAUCGGCUAUCUACACACCUGGAGUUGACUAUAUUAUAGAAGACUUAGGGGUUUCUAAGAUAAAAGCUACUUUACCACUUACCAUGUUUGUUGUUGGUUACGGUAUUGGUCCAAUGAUCUUUUCCCCAGCAUCCGAAAAUGCCAUCUUUGGAAGAACAAACAUCUACAUUGUCACAUUGUUCAUCUUCUUUUUGUUGCAAAUUCCAAUUUCCUUAGUGAACAACCUUGCUGCCUUGACAGUAUUAAGAUUCAUCAGUGGAUUUUUUGCAUCUCCUGUUUUGGGUACUGGUGGUGCUUCUAUGGGUGAUGUUAUAGAUAAACCUUAUAUGCCCAUAGCAAUUGGUGUGUGGAGUAUGGGUGCAGUUUGUGGUCCUUCAUUGGGACCAAUGUUCGGUUCCAUUAUGAUAGUGAAAAGAAACUGGCACUGGACUUUUUGGUUGAUUUGUAUGCUUUCAGGUAUUGCAUUUGUCAUUUUGAGUUGGUUUUUGCCUGAAACUUAUGAAAAAACUUUGCUUUUAAGGAAGGCAGAGAGAUUGAGGAAACUCACGGGCAACGACAAGAUUGUUUCUGAGGGAGAGAUUGAAAAUCAAGGUCUUACUUCUCGUCAAUUAUUUAUUGAUACCCUUUGGAGACCAUUUGAAAUCAUGCUCUUUGAACCAAUUGUCUUCUCCAUUGACAUGUACAUCGCUUUAGUCUAUUCAAUAAUGUACCUUUGGUUCGAAGCUUUUCCAAUUGUUUUUGCUGACCUUUACCAUUUUGCUUUGAUUCCUUUGGGCUUGUCAUUCUUGAGUGUUUUGGUGGGGAUUUGUUGCAGUGCUGUGGUUUACGUGUUUAUCAUGCACCGAAAGUACACAAAGAGAAAACUACGGGGAGAAUAUGUUCCUCCGGAAGUGUUUUUGCCAACGAUGAUACUUGGUAGCAUUAGUAUGCCAAUUGGUGUUUUUAUAUUUGGAUGGUCUGCCACAGCUAAAGCCCAUUGGAUGGGACCUAUGAUUGGAGCAGGUAUAUUUUGUUUUGGUGCUUUCAUCAAUUUCCAGACGUCGUUUAACUAUUUGGGUUCUUCUUUCCCCAGGUAUUUGGCAUCCGUAUUUGCUGGUAAUGCAUUUUUGAGAUCAGUUAUUGCUGGAUGUUUUCCCUUGUUUGGUGCUCCAUUAUUUAACAACUUAGCUACUCCAAACUAUCCAGUUGGCUGGGGAUCGUCGCUAUUGGGAUUCAUUGCAACUAUAAUGAUUAUCAUCCCAGUGGUAUUUUACCUUAAGGGUCCAAGUAUAAGGGCUAGAUCCAAAUACUCAGGGGAUUAGAUGGUUAUCUAUUUAUUUAUAUAAUUAAUAGAGAUGAUAAUGAAUAUAGAUGAUAACGAAUAGACAUCUUGAUCCAACUGUUAAUGCCGUAUCGGAUUGACAGUCAAUUGAUAUAAUUUUUCAGAUCUAAAGCAACUUAGCUGAUUAGAGUAACCAAAGCCCAUGAAUUUGUGGUGCAUAUUUUUUCUUUAUAUCCUGAUAUCAUAUAUGCCGAUCCUGGCAACAAAAGGCUCCAAAUCGGGCAUUAUGCACGGAAAGUCGCUUUUCUUGGUGCGACAUUAGCUAUUUGGAGUUCGAGAGUCAUUUGCUUACAGCAAUUGUGUGUUUGUGAGCCUCUAAAGUCGGUGCUUAGCUACUGGUAUCAUUACAUACAUCUUUUCGGAGCAUACUCAAGGCGAUUACGUAAGGAGGCAUUUUUUAAUUUGCCAUACGGCAUCGGCACUUAUAUUUGUGAAAGAAAUUACUAUCCGUUGCACCAUUGUCUUAGAGCACUUGACCUGAAGCUAUAACUCAAAUGUGUCGUUUUCGUAUCUUACCACCACGGCUAGUUUUUGCUGCAAAAUUUUACACUUUUCAUUUGACACAUGCAUACAAAAUACUUGUCUGUCAUAUUUGUGAUACUUCUUGAGCAAGAAUAUUAGUUCGGUCGCAUUCUUCUUGUAAAAUCUAUUUGCAACCACAAUCAGAUGAUUCAAAGUACUGAAAAGAUCAGCGACACUCCGCAAGAUGAACUACCAAUGGACGCUGAAAUGAGCUGGGUACAUCAAAACCACCAAGAUCCCGAGUCUCUUCUGUGGAGGAAAGCUUCAAGGCAGCUUGUGGGAGAACAUUUCUGUAUGGGAGGUGUACAAACUCUUUCAAAGGAGGAUCUUGGAGGCAUCACUAAUCAGCCUUUGUCGUUCAUAAUGUCACUUAUAACAAGUUAAUUAUGAUAUGACAUGUAUUUAUUACACCUGGUACUGAUAAAAAAUUGGCAGUGGAGGGAUUUUAGAUGAUUAUAUAAUCAGACGAGUUGAGAGUUGAGUUGUGGCCCAAUCCUUAUUUUGGCACGAAAUCACGUCUCCUUUUUUUAUCAAGUCUUUAGUUUGUAUACCGCAACCUGUUUUGUUUGUCUGUCUCUGUAUUAAUCUCUUUUGCCUAUUAAUAAAUAUUUUGCUUCGCUAGUUGCGCGUCAGCCAAUAUAGUCGUGUCUAACACAUAAAAACCACUGCUUCCUCUCGACACUUGUGCCAUACAAAUGUCACCCAACCGGAGCCAAAUGGCUGCAAAUUAUUUUACGCUCGCGUCUGGGCACUUACAAGAUAAGGCCGUAGAACCGGUAUGGCAAGCAUGCAGCAGGAGAGAUAAAAAUGAAGUCAUUUUUUACCCCGCCACCCAAACCAUCUCUAGAACCUUACCACUACUAUCGGUGACUAUGAUAGGCAUUUUUGAUGAGUUUGACGGUGUUGGAAGU